CUGCCCCGGCGCCCCUGCCCCGCGGGAGGCGUUCACACGUGUCGAAACCGCGUGUUGGGGUGCUUCUCCCCCGCUUCCGAGCAUGCGCCGCCGGCCCUUUCUCCCGUCCCUCUUUCUCUGGGUUGGCCUUCGUGGGAAGUGGCUAGGCUGGGCCUUGUGCUCCUCCACUGCUUUCUCCUUCCCCUUUGGGCCAAUGCAGCAGAGCGGGUGGGAGGUGGGCUAGCAGCGAGAUUAAAACAGCGAGCCCAGCGGCACCCAGAGAAAACCUGCAAGACUUCAUUGCCAGCCCCUGCUUGUCGGGACUGAGAGGGGUCUUCCUCGGAGGCCUGGUGGUGGCUGCCUCUUUGGAGUUAUGACCAUGCUAAGUUCAAGUAGCUGUGUGGCAGCUUUUAAUAAGGAUAGUUUCAGAUGUCCCUAGUAGAUUUGGGAAAGAAGCUUUUAGAAGCUGCACGAGCUGGGCAGGAUGAUGAAGUUCGGAUUUUGAUGGCCAAUGGAGCACCUUUUACCACAGACUGGUUGGGAACAUCUCCGCUUCAUCUAGCAGCACAGUACGGGCAUUACUCAACCACUGAAGUGUUACUUCGAGCAGGCGUCAGUCGGGAUGCCAGGACCAAAGUGGACAGAACUCCAUUGCAUAUGGCUGCUUCCGAAGGCCAUGCAAGCAUAGUAGAAGUUUUACUUAAGCAUGGCGCCGAUGUAAAUGCAAAGGACAUGCUGAAGAUGACAGCGCUUCAUUGGGCUACAGAACACAAUCAUCAGGAAGUAGUGGAACUCUUAAUAAAAUACGGAGCUGAUGUCCACACGCAAAGUAAAUUUUGCAAAACGGCGUUGGAUAUUGCUGUAGACAACGGCUAUGAAGACUUAGCAGAAAUAUUGCAGAUUGCAAUGCAGAACCAAAUCAACACCAACCCAGAAAGUCCCGACACUGUGACGAUACACACAGCAACACCGCAGUUCAUCAUUGGACCUGGCGGGGUGGUAAACCUAACAGGUCUGGUAUCUUCUGCCAAUACAUCACGUGCAACAGAUGACACAGGGGUAUCUGCUGUCCAAUUUGGUAAUUCCUCAACUUCAGUAUUGGCAACUUUGGCUGCCUUAGCAGAAGCUUCAGCUCCACUAUCCAACUCAUCAGACACACCAGUUGUGGCUACAGAGGAAGUAGUGACUGCAGAAUCAGUGGAUGGUGCAAUUCAGCAAGUUGUCAGCUCUGGAGGUCAGCAGGUGAUUACCAUAGUAACAGACGGCAUUCAGCUCGGAAACCUCCAUUCCAUUCCGACCAGUGGAAUGGGUCAGCCUAUUAUUGUGACCAUGCCUGAUGGCCAACAAGUACUUACAGUACCAGCAACAGACAUUGCUGAAGAAACAGUGAUCAGCGAAGAACCACCAGUCAAGAGGCAAUGCAUUGAGAUAGUUGAAAAUCGGAUGGAGUCUGCGGAAAUAGAAGAAAGAGAAACUUUACAAAAACAGCUGGAUGAGGCCAAUCGGGAGGCGCAGAAGUAUCGCCAGCAGCUACUAAAGAAAGAGCAGGAGGCAGAGGCCUAUAGGCAGAAGUUGGAGGCAAUGACCCGCCUUCAGACUAACAAAGAAGCUGUUUGAAGGGAGCAAUAACGCCAGUUAAAAACCGCAGCACAGUCUGGAUUUGUCUGCUGUAAUAGGCACAGACCCAGGAAUUACAGACUAGAGAAGAUGCUACAGGUGUGAAACUGGACUUAAAAAGCCAUGAGCUCUGAUGAAAUUUUCUUGUAUCAUAAAAAAAAACAAACUCAAAUUUAGACAUUUUGUGCAAAAAUAUUUUAAAAAAAUACUGUAAAUAGUUUUUUUUUUACAGUUCCAAAAUUAGUUGCUCAAUCUUUUUGAAGGGAUCCACAAACAUGCCAAGCCAACAUUUUUGUGACUUUUUUGAUUUUAGUACAAAAUUGCUGAAAUACAGAGCAGUUUUAAGGGUAAUAAUUGUUGAUUUAAACUGACAGUGUGAAAAUGAAUUAUGUGACAGAACCAAUCCCGAAAGCUAGCAAGCCGCCGAGAAAACGCAUUUUCUGAUGGGAACUUUUUGUACAGCUUUAAGUAGUUGUCCUCAACCUCUGAAAACCAUGUUUUGUGUGUUGUGGUUUUUUUUUUUUAAGAAAAACUGUAAUUUUUUAUAUUUAAUUUCUGAUAUAUUCAAGUAGAUUGACAUGUAUAUGAAGCUGAUAUUUUUUAAAUGUUUCAGUUUGUACAUAUGCUGCAUGUUUUUUAUAAUUUCUAUACACAUCUUACAUAAGCAUUUUUCAGGAAAGAGUGUGUGUGGGGGGGAAAUUAUGAUAAAAAUGUUUAGCCUAUAGGUCACGGGGAGGGGAAGCCAAUGGACAGUUUUUUAUUUUUAAACUGGGAGUGGCAUUUCUUCAAAGAAUGUAUGUUGACAGGAAAAAAAAGUAAACCAAAACCAGUAUUCCUGUAAUAUAUUAAUUAUUUGAGAGUUUGACAACUGGGAGCAUGUUUCCAGUGUGUCUUCAUUUAACUUGGCUCAAGGUCCUGCAAGUAAAGAUCAAAAUGUGGAGCUGUUCUCAGUAGGUUUCUAGCUUAACCUAUCCUUUCCUGCCAUAUUCCCUCCAUGGCUGACAAGCAAUGCCAGACAUGCCACAAUUUGGUGGCCUGUUUGCUUUACAGCGUUAUAAAUAAGGCAGAAGUGGUGAACCCUCAAAGGAUAUAGGCCACUGUCUUGGGAGGGGAAAUAGGGACGGGGGUUCCCCAAAGGAAAUCUCUUACAGAAGAGAGUGAGUAAACGGCUAUUUGUACGUAGUUCUGGAUUCUUUCUGAUUGGUCACAAAUGAAUUUCCCUGCCUGCAACACAAGACUGAGUAGCAUGCGUGGAAUGGCGGAGGCCUGCUGGGCGUGGAAGCGGCAUGGUGGGCAAACAGGUGAUUAACUAGGGGUCCCCCUAGAGGACUGUAGACCCCUUGCUGAAAUGGGCUCUUGAUUGGCUUGCAUUCAGUUAAAACAGGGACUGCAUGACGACGCUUCCAUCCAUGUUCAUGUGCUACUUAGUGCUCCGGUCAUUUUGGCUCUCAUUCGUUUCGGUGGGGUUCACAGAAGAGAACCUUAUGGCCAUUGGAUAGCAGCGCUUACAUCGCAGAGGGGUAGCACAAGGCUACUGAGCGGUUAAUGGGAGUUUAGGACGCCACAGAGUGUGUGGCAUCCUGUUCCUUGCGUGCCUGUUGUCCCUAUGCAGCACUUAACCGAAAUAGUCUCUUUGUUGAUUUUUUCACACAGCAAACGAAAAUGAAGAUUGCCCUCAUUGUGAGUUUGAGAAGCAGAUUUCUGCAUUUAAAAUCACCUUUUAAAAAAAAGUUCUGGGUUGACAUUGUUGUCACCUGCAGUUGUUUCUGACUGCUAUGAUAAUGUUUGUGUUUGUGCAGUAAUCAAAGGCAUUAUACUUAGCAUUUCUAGUGUAGAGUUGACCUUUUUUUUAAAGCAUUGUAAUAGCAGCCCUAAAUGCUCUUACAUGUUUAGCGUUCCUGACUGAUUAUUGGAAAUAAGCGUCUGGGUUUUUUUUUUAAGGAAUGGAACCCUCAUCUUUAGCACAUCCCUGGGAAUUAGGUAGGUAAGUAAGCAUUUGUACCUAAAUUGGGUUUAAGGGGAACACAUGUUAAGUGGCGUACCAAGGGCCCUACAACUCAGGCAUUGUCUACAUAUACCCCAGAAUGAGGUGGUAGGGGACUGGUACCACUUGAGACUGCAGGUGAGAAUUGUCAUUUUGAAUGCUCCCUCCCCCCAUGUGUUUUUUUAAAAAAAAAACACCUGUCUUCAUUAAGAACAUUAGUGCAUCAAGGAGAACUGUUCUGCCCCUCUCCCUCUCUUUUCUACUUGCAGGACAUGUUUUACAUGGGAAUAUUCAGAAACGUGAUCUCCCCAUCCCGAAGUAGUCUCAAGUGGUAUAGCCCAUUUUACUUCCUCAGGGCUUUGCCGCCUCAUUCUGCUGUAGGGACAGAACCAGGAAAUAAAAUUCAGACAUAUUUGUGGCUUCUAGACUUUUACUUAGACCAUACUGCCUUAAAGAUUGAGUGCUGUAUUGCAUUACACUUGGAACUACUGUGCAGCUCCUUUAUUUCAGCAUAUACCUUGUCUUUGAUUUGUGCUUUGCUGUGUCUAUGUUUCAGUGCUUUUAUGAAAAUGUAUAACUUUACAAAUCAUCUAGAUUACCUAUACAAAAUAAUUGCCCUUAAAACUGUACUCUGGCCUACUUUUUCUAUUUACAAUUAAAUAUCUUUUCCACA